AUGGCGGGCAUGGCGGUGAGCGCUGCCACAGGGGUGUUGAGCUCACUCCUCUCCAAGCUAUCGGAGCUGCUCACUGAACAGUACAUGCAACGCAAGGGGGUCCGAAGGGAUAUUGAGUUCCUCUGCCGUGAGUUGACUGAUAUGAAUGCAGCACUUGAGAAGCUGUCGGGCAUGGAGAAGCUUGAUGUCCAAACAAAGGUGUGGAGGGACAAAGUUCGCGAGAUGGCCUACGAUAUCGAGGACUGCAUCGAUAUCUUCAUGCACAAGCUUGGGCUUGGCCAAGGAGAUGACAAGGAUGGCUUAUUUCACAAGAUUGUAGGCAAGGUUAGGGAGCUGCGAAUGCACUAUCAGCUUGCAAACAUGAUUCAGGACAUCAAAGCUUGUGUUGAGGAGCAGAGUAAAAUACGAGAUAGAUACAGGAUUGAUGAAUCUAUCUCAACAUCUAGAGUGGUGGUGGAAGUUGACCCAAGGCUUCCUGCAUUGUUUGAGGAUGCAAAAAGGCUUGUGGGUAUUGAUGGUCCACGGGAGGAAAUCUCUAAACUGUUGAUGGGAGAAGGUGGCAGUCAUUCUGGACAACUUAAAGUGCUGUCCAUCGUGGGUUUUGGUGGCCUCGGCAAGACAACACUUGCUAACCAAGUGUACUCUAAACUCAAGAAUGAGUUUGAAUGCACAGCGUUCGUUUCAGUCUCUAGAACUCCUCACAUGCCAAAGAUUUUUAAGGACAUACUGUCCAGAGUUGGAUAUCGUGGCACAGAAAUGGAAAAUGAUGUCCAAAAGCUUAUCGAGAUCCUUAGAGCAACGCUCAAAAAUAAGAGGUACUUUGUCAUAAUUGAUGACCUAUGGAGCAUCAAAGAUUGGCGCAGUAUUGGGUGCGCUUUUGUGGAAAAUAAUAAUGGCAGCAGAGUGAUAACUACCACACGUAUUCAAGACGUUGGUGCAGCCUGCUGCUUUCCAAGUCAAGGCCAUGUAUACCAGAUGCAACCCCUUAAUAAGAUUCACUCAAGAAGGUUGUUUUUCAAACGACUAUUUGACAUAGAAGAUAACUGUCCUAAGCAAUUCAGAGAGAUUUCAGAUGACAUGUUAAACAAAUGUAAAGGGGUACCGUUGGCAAUUACUAGCAUUUCCAGCCUUUUGGCUAACCACAUGCACGUCGAGAUAUGGGAGAAAAUACAUAAUUCGUUGGGUUCUGAGUUGGGCACAAAUCCUACACUGGAAUGGUUGAGGCAUGUGUUAAGUCUUAGCUACAAUGACCUGUCCCAUGAGCACAAGACAUGCUUGCUAUAUCUUGGUGCGUAUCCCGAAGACUUUGAAAUCCCCAAGGAAGAUUUGCUGAGAAAAUGGAUAGCUGAAGGAUUUGUUAUGGAAAAGCAUGGUUUAGAUCUGGAGGAAGCUGCUGAGAACUGUUUCAAUGAACUCAUCAAUAGAAGUAUGAUCCAACCUUGCUUUGAUGAAGAUGACUUUGGUAAUGUGUGGAAAUGUCAAGUUCAUGACCUAAUGCUUGAGCUUAUUGUAUCAAAGUAUCUAAGGGUCCGGAACUUUCGUGUUGAGCUGCCAAAGAAAUUUGGCAAACUAAAGCAUUUGAUGACCUUAGAUAUGUCCCAGUCUAGGUUCUAUCUUGAUCAACAACUAUCGGAUUUUAGUUCCUUGACAUCUCUAAGGUAUCUUAGUUUGCCAGGACGGGUAGCGUUCAGAAACGGUCUUAGCAAGCUGUGCAACCUACGUGACCUAUCCUUUUUUGACAUUGGGACUAAUUCCAUAGAGUGCAUCAGAGAUCUCGGUGAGUUGACCAAUCUUAGGAAUCUUUCGGUGAUAUAUGGUUACUCUAGGCCAGGUGGGGUAGAAAAUAAUCAUGAGACAAUCCUGGCUGCCUCUAUUGACAAGCUUGGGAACAGCAACCUCCGCUAUCUGGAGUUUGUGGUUUGGUCUGGUGACAGUGACCCCUCAGCAGAAUUCUGGACUAGUUGCUUGGCAUGUCCAGGGCAUCUGCAGAGGCUUCAGUUGUUCUGCUCAAUACCCAAGGUUCUAGACUGGAUUGCGCAUGCUGACAGGUUGGCCGAUUUGUAUCUAGAAGUCCAGGAGCUUCGGAGUGAUGACAUCCAGUCUCUUGCGCAGUUGCCCUGCCUCAUCCACCUCAGGUUAAUAGCUAUAACAACAGAGAAAAAUAUCAUUAUCCAUCGAAACACAUUCCCUAGCCUGAAGCAUUUCCGUUUUUCUUGUGAUCUGUCAUGCCUCGAGUUUGAGCCAGCAGCAAUGCCACUGCUACUGAGACUGUACAUACAUCUUGAUGGUCGUGGACGAGGUGCGAUCCAACUGCAAGAGGGCAGUCCAGUUAGUGGCAUCGAGCACCUUGCUAGCCUUGAAAAGAUCUCCUUGCGCUUGGUUAUACAUGCCAAAUGCGAUCAGGGGUCCAAAAUAGAAUCUGCAUGGAGAGACGCCAUCAGCAGGCACCCGAAAAGUCAAGCCAUUAAGAUUUGUAUAGACUGUUAUGAGUGUGAUGAAAAUUGGAGUGUGUGCCAAAUGUAUGAAAUAAGUACCGACAAAGUUUGUGUAGGUAAGCCUAACAAUGAGGAAGAAACUAGGGCCAAAAAAUGUGAAAAUCAACGAGAUAGGUAUGCUGCAUUGCCUAGCGACGAGAAGGACAAAGUUCGAGCCAAGAAACAUGAAUAUCAGCGUAGUCGUCGGGCUCGUCUAAAGGCCGAGGCUAAUGCAUCCAAAUUGAUUGCACCAUUUGAAAUCACAGCUAAUAAGGAGGAAGCUCGGGCCAAAAAUCGUGACUAUCAACGAGAAAGGUACGUUGCAUUGCCUAACCACAAGAAGGAGGAAUUUCAUGAAAAAAAUCGUGAGCACCAACGUAGUCGUCGGGCUCGUCUAAAGGCCGAGGCUAAUGCAUCCAAAUUGAUUGCAUCAUCUGAAAUCACCAAUACUAGAAUGGAUGAUAAAGGCAACUCUUGUAAGAGGAAAUGGGACAUGGCUUCACAAGUUGAUAAUAUAGAUCAAGGCACUUGUGAAGAUCAGGGCACUCUAAAGCACAUGGCCAUGAAGAGGUAUAGGCAUGCAAUGCCUGGUAAUAAGAAGGAUGAGGUCCUUACUAAAAAGCGUGAGUAUCAACGUAAUUAUCGAGCUAAGUUGAGUGCUGCCGCCAAGUCCAAGAAAUUCUUAGCAUCAACCCUUAAUAUGUCAGGUGUUAGGAAAGGUGUAUAUCAACGUGAUUAUCUUGCACAUAAAAAAGUUGAUCAAGGAGAUUUCAAUUCUGGCAUUUGGGAACCAGAAGACACAUUGCAUGGAAUAGAGGAUCAACAGAACCCAAAUGAAGAUUGCCCUGACAUCUACGAGGAUGAUGGAGCUAGAAUGUUCAAUGAUAAAUGUGAGCUUGUCCCAGAUGAGCUCCGUCGAUUGUUCACAAGUCAAACUGAUAAGGAUGCAAAGUAUUUUAGAAAGAACAUUCGUUACUUCAAUUCACAUUUUUCUUUCACAAGCAUGGGGGUUUCAAUUGAUCGUAGUUUGGCAACAGCAAAGGGUACUGGUAUUUAUACAUUUAAAGCUCAUAGCCAAAUAUAUCACAUGUUGGAUCAACUUAUGCCCGGUGCUAAGGGACCAAGCCACAUGCGGUUAUACUUUUAUGACAUAGAUGAGACUAUGCAUCAUAGGAUGAAAAGAUCACCACACCUUGACGCUACUGUGAUCCGCACUAUAUUGAACAUCAUGCAACACAAUCCAUAUGUUAAAGCAUAUAAGAGUCUAGGCAUUCUUACCAGCUUGGAUUGUUACGCUAUUGAUCUAAAUACAAGUAUUUCUGUUGACUAG